AUGGCCGCCUCCCGUGGCUUACAGGUCCCCGUCACCUCACCUAACGUCGCAUUCUUACUUUUCGGCCACCAUCUAUACUCCGAAUAUCUCGAAUUUCAGUCCUCGAUCGUAUUGCCUCGUAGCAGCGGUCUGUAUAGGAGCACAAAAGCAUGGAUAGAAGCGUGCUUCAAUUCACAGCUCGUACCUCACGGACAUCUUCCCAACCCGCAAGGCUACAAGGCGUUCAUGCAUUGGCUUCAUGCGCGCGGAAAGCUGUUCAAGGUGUACCGGACACCUACGACAACCAGGCUCGUGAUUGCGAAACUCUGUGGUCACGCCAUGCAUCCCGCGAUACGGUCGUCUUGCCUCGCGACGGCAUGCCCGGUGUGCACGAUGGAACAAAUCACCUGGACUUUGACUCGCGCAUGGCAAACCUGGAAAGCAUUGGGUGCUCCGGACCGGAGGUUACCAUACGAUCCGAAAGGGUCCUCACGCGAGCUGUACCACAUACUCAAGGACAUUUGGCGUUUUGAGAAGAAUCGAUGGGUGGGUCUCGUAUACAAAUACGAGGAGUUGAGCAAAGGCGUCGUCGCAUGGGAGGACAACGAAAUGCGGAAGGCGAGCCCGGCUUAUACAUUCGAGGAGCUGACAGAGGCGAAAUCGGUGCUGGAAGCUUUACACUUUGCACGAAGGAAUGAUCCACAUCGCAUGGAUAGCGUCGGCGUGCUAUACGCGCUGCAUUCGCGACUGCAUCGUCGCACUGAUUUACGAAAAGUCCAAACUGAUGUUACCGCACGCGACGAGGCUCAAGAAGCUCUGAGCGGGCCAAGCAUAGAAUCGGGAGCUCCGCUAUCAGAUAAACCAUUGUCACCACCACAUACGCCAAGCCCCUCGAAACUUGGGCAUGCGUACCCACCGCUACCGCCAUCGCCAUCGUCAUCGUCAGCGCGCGAUUCGUCUUCGCCGUCACUAGUUUUAUCGCCGCCUCGCAGUCCGAUUCGUGAAAGGAAGGCAGUUACAUUCGCCGUCGACGUGCUAGAUAACAAGAAACGGAGGGGAUACGAGUUCAGGAGGACCUCUGGUAUCUACUACCGUCCCGGACGGUAUGCAUGUCCUUCUGAGGAUGGGUGGGCAGACACCAGCUUCUGUUGCGAUGAGGACUUCGAAUACGACAACGAGCUAGACAAAUUGGAGGAAAACCACCAAAGGUUCUUGGCACUGUUUGCUCCGCGCAGCGAGGAUACAGACCCUACUGUGGACGAAGGUGUCUUUGGUGACACUGAAAGUGAUACUGACUCGGAGGACUCAUCUAGCGGAAGCGAUUCCGGUAGUGAGCCUGCCGAAGAACUAGAAGAGGUUGAAGAUCCGCUAGCUGAGGCCAUCAUGCAUUCGAUGGAGGUGGGAGUGGAAUUCGUUGGAGAUUCUGAUCACGCAACAGGUACUGCUCUCGAAGUGGAACCGAACAGUAGUGGAGCACCAUCUGAGCACGACGUGCAGAUGCUGGAUGCGGUGUGUGGUCUUUCGGAUGCCACGCUGCAGUCUUAUCUCUUAUCGAGCGGCCUUUGCUCGGCCGAACAAGUCGAAGAGGGUCUCCAUAUGGUGGAUGACGCUCGGUCAAUGGAUGGCGCUUCGCAAUCAUAUCCUCUAGCAGACCACAACCACGAGGCCUCCACCAAGUAA